AUAUACGUAUAUGACGAAAACUGUCACAUGAAAUUGUACGAAACGGAAAGAGUGACAAAACAAAAUAACAAAAUAAACAACAAAUUGAAGAUAAAACUAUCAACAAAUCUGGAAUAACAGCAGAAUAAUCACUUAAUCGUUUUGUGUUUUCACAUAGAAAAUGUUAUCAUCACUUAUAAAAGAACAUCAAUCUAAGCAAGCUGCAAAAAGAGUUGUACAAGAGCAAAAACGUAAGGAAUGUAUAGCUGCGGCUAAUGAACUUACUCAAGCACUUGUAGACCACCUUAAUGUUGGUGUUGCACAAGCAUAUUUAAAUCAAAAGAAACUGGAUGCAGAAGCCAAACUGCUGCAUCAAGGCGCUAUGAACUUUGCAAAGCAAACACAACAGUGGCUUGCAUUAGUAGAAAAUUUCAGUAGUGCUCUCAAAGAAAUUGGUGAUGUAGAAAACUGGGCACGCAGCAUUGAAAAUGAUAUGAAAAUAAUCACAGACACAUUGGAAAGAGCUUAUGUAACGACACAACAAUCAGGCAGUCAGUAAAGUAAUUUUAAUUAUUUGUAAGGAGAUAUUAAUAUAUAAAAUU